AUGUUGGGAUUCCUUAAACGGCUUCUAGGGGGCGCCCGCAAUGACGUGUACGGGCUGGACCACGCAGUGCUCAAUGUGCGACUACCACCGCAGACUAUGUGGAUGAACAUGGGAUAUUGGGAGUCAACAGCUGAAUUCCCAGAGGCCUGCCAAGCCCUGUUAGACCAGGUACUGGCAGCAGGCCUUUUAGAGGACAAAAGUCCAUCUAUCAGAGUCCUAGACGUGGGAUGCGGAUGCGGUGACCAGUCACUCCACCUGCUCGGUCUUAAAAAGGGCGCUUCAAAUAAAGCACAGUCCGAACUUACAACCGCCCUUCGACAGCGUUCUGGUCCAGAGUCUCGCCAGGAUUCUUCACCGCUGAUUGAUACUUACAUCGGAAUUACUCUUGAACCUGCACAAGCCGAACUCGCCCAGAGUAGAGUCCAUAAUGCCCGCCCUGAUGUUGAGAAAUCUUCAGCUCGGACAUCUGCUGAGGUCUUCCGCGCCGAUGCCUCUGAUCCCUCGAGUUGGCCUGCAGAGCUACUGGGCUCUAUAGCCGACCUUGCUGCCUCCUCGGAGGAUGAUGAUACAUCUACAUGGCUCCUCGCCCUUGAUACAAUGUAUCACUUCCGUCCAUCACGUCUCCCCCUUCUUCAAUAUGCACACGAUACCCUACACGCCUCCUUCAUGGCCUUCGAUCUUGUUCUCUCGGAGGGCACGUCUUGGCAACAACGGCUUAUCCUGCGACUUGUCUGUUGGCUUACAGGGUCGCCGUUUAGUAACUUUAUUACUGAGGAAGAUUAUAUACCCAUGUUAGUUAAUGCGGGGUAUGAUCCUUCUAGAAUUUCAAUAAGGGAUGUUUCGAGGCAGGUGUUUCCUGGAAUAUCGGGGUUUCUUAAUCGAAGAGUGAAAGAGGCUCAACCAUUUGGCAUGAAGAUGGGUAAGUUCCGUGCAGCUGGUAUUGUAUUUGGCUGGUGGGCAAAGAGUGGAGUUGUUCGGGGUGUUGUGGUUGUUGCUAGGAGGUAA